AUGUCGGCGCUGGAAUGGUUCGCGCAUAAAUCUCUGGGUGGAGGAAUCUACUGGAUCCAAGAGCGCUUCUACGAGUCGGGCAAUCGGGCCAAUAUCUGGCUGGUGCGCGGCUCCCAGCGGGACGUGGUAAUCGACACCGGGCUGGGACUGCGCAGCCUCCCCGACUAUCUUCACUUGGCUGGGCUUUUGGAUCCCGAUCCAGCCCAGGGCGACCAGGAGGGACGGCCGUUGCUAGCCAUUGCCACCCAUGUGCACUUCGACCACUCGGGCGGACUGCACCAGUUCCAGGAGGUGGCCGUGCACAGCGCCGAGGCCGGAGCCCUGCGCCGCGGCGAUAACUACGAGACCGUCACUUGGCUCUCGGACAGCGAGGUGGUGAGGCAGCCCAGCCCGGGCUGGAGGGCCAGGCAGUUUCGAGUGCGACCCGUCCAGCCGACGCACGUCUUGCAGGAGGGGGAUGUGAUCAGCCUUGGUGAUAGACAGCUCACUGUCAUGCACAUGCCUGGCCAUUCAAGAGGAAGUAUUUGUUUGCAUGACAGAGAACGGAAGAUUCUGUUCAGUGGGGAUGUUGUGUAUGAUGGUUCAAUGAUUGACUGGCUUCCCUACAGCCGGAUAAAUGACUACGUUACAACCUGCCAGCGAUUAAUAGACUUAGUCAAUAGGGGCCUUGUGGAGAAAGUCCUUCCAGGGCAUUUUAACACAUUUGGAGCUGAACGACUGUAUCGUUUAGCUUCCAACUAUAUUUCAAAUGCUGGGGUUUGUCACAAGAUUUCUAUGUGUGCGAUGAGAUCGGUUGCAAGCCUAGCACUUCGUGCAACAAAUUCUAGAACAACUUCAUAGUCUUAACUUCAUAGCCAUGAAGAUGC